AUGGCGAUAUUCGCUCUGCCUCACGAGAUCCUCGCCGUCAUCCUGUCCUUCCUCGACCCCCAAUCAAUCAUCCGCUUUGGCCGAACAUGCAAGACCGCGUAUGCUUCGACCGGCCCGCAAAAUCAGAUCUUAUGGAAAUCUGCCUUCCUCCACGUGUUUGACGAUCCAGAUGAAGCGUGGUCGAUGACGCCUGGCACGCCGCCGUCGACAAACGAACGGGGUUUCGACUUUCAUACCGAGCUUAGUAAACGAUUCAUCGCUCUCCAGGCCGUCCGGACGAGAUCGUGCGGCUCCAACGACCGUGCUGAAGCGUAUAUCGAAGCACUACUCAGCAUUCUUGAUACGGCAAAGUUCACACCCAAUGCCCGCGACAUUGCGAACGGCAAAGUUCCCAUAGAGGAUGAUCGAUAUACGUCGUUGAAUCUCCAAAUUCUAUCCAACCUGGCCGAGUGGCGAGAAGGCAUUGAGAGCCUCAUUUAUGACACGCCUUCUCGAGAGUUUUCGCCGCGUCCCAUCACGAGAAGCAUGACCGUACGCGAGUCUGAGAGGUGUCGGACUUCUAGGGCUUCGCGCCUGCACGUAAUGUACGGCCUUACCAACUGGGAACGCGUCGAACACAAAGCUCGCGGAGCCGCCAGAAGGAAGGUCUAUGACUGGACCCUCAUCGGUGCGGACAACGAUUACGCUCCCUUCCUGCGAGAUGGCAGUGGCAAGGUCGAUUGGCCUCUGCUCGAGGGUGUUGCGACCGUCAUGAGGCUCAACUUCUCCAAGUGCGUCGAUCAAAUCGCCGCGCCAGAAGGCUUCUGCUAUUCCCUCCCACACCGCACCCUGGUCGACCCGACCACUCCAGAAGACUGGGCGCGCGCGACGGGUCCUUGGCUGGGGACCUACGCAUUCCUGGACUAUGCCGACCUUUGGACCUACAACAACUGGGAAGGUCAGGCAGAGCCGCGGAUGACAUUGGAUGGCGAACCCGAAGACUGCGGUGAUUUGAUGAGACUGACACUCAAACUGGACCCGUCCAUCUCGUCUGACCCACGUCUGCAAACCAAACUCCCCAUAAGCACCGAUCUGCCAGUGCUUUACUUUUCAGGCCACUCUCGUGGUUAUAACGGGAUGCGCCGUCUCAUCAUUGCCGUCAGAGGCUUUGCCUGCCUUGUGCCGGGUUCGCGAGAAGUGCGAUGGAGAUUUCUCAUCAAUUACGGUGGUCAAGAUCACUGGCUGUUGGAAGGCAUCCAGCCGGGAGGUGUCCGUUCCGGCGGUAUCUUUGGCAUUUGGACACACUGCGACCAUGAAGUCAACACCCCGUCAGGACCGUUCUGCUACUUUCCCGAAGAACUCUGCAAGUCCACCAGCGUGGUAGUGGCAGCCCGAUAG